AGACCCUCCUACAGGAACGAGCCGCCCCCUCUCUCCCUCACCGUCUGCGAUCCGCACAGGGAACCCGCAGUCUCCGGAGAGCGGAGCGCAGACCACAGCUGGAGCAGGAGCAGUUUGCGCCUCUUUCCUCUCUCUGAACUCUCAUGGGACCCGCAGAGUGACGGGAUCAGCCGCAGACAUGAUGGACAUUUGCGCUCGUGCUUUGGCACUGGGAGUUUUACGCAUCGCGCUACUUUGGGUGCCGCAGCACGGAGCGCACGCGCAACAUGCUGUUCCUCCAGAGUGCUACCCAGGAGGACAUCGGAUUUUGCGUAAUCCGUACCGUAGUGUUGACUUUGACUCCACAGAGAUCCAGAACACGGCAAUCCAGGAUCUGAUCUGUGACCAUUCACUGAUGCCUGGCUGGUACCGGUUCAGAGUCAACAACAAGCCGGCAGACAUGCCGACUACUUGUGUUGAGAUGAACCGAUGUGGUACUCAGGCUCCGGUGUGGCUGUCACUGAAGGACACCUCACUACCGCGGCCUGGUCAGGUCCGUCAGCUCUCCGCCUGCGCCACAUGGCAGUUCUUCCAAGGCAGCACAAAAGACUGCUGCCUAUUCCGCAUCCCUGUCACCGUGAGGAACUGUGGUGAGUUCCUGGUCUACUAUCUGCAGCCGACGCAGGGCUGCAUGGGAUACUGUGCAAAAGUUGCUCCAGAAAUCGGAUCCAGAUUCUGCUCUCCAGGAGAAACGCAAGUCAACGGACAUUGCAAAGUCAUGGUCCCAGCCCUGACCUCCAGGCCAGUCAUCACCCCGGAGCUCAUCGGACACAGCGUCCACCUCAGGUGUUCCUACAUCCCACCACCCUGGAGCCAAACGCUGGGGUUCCAAGUGGUUUGGGCCAGGCACAUUGGCCAGAGGAUGAAGGCUGAGAUCAAGCAGGAAUCUACAAUCAAGCCCUUCUCCCUGAUGGAGAUGGAUGGUGUUCACUUCAGGCUUGGAGAAACGUUCUCCUGCAGCGUGUCGACUUUUACAGUCAACUCAAACUCCUCCAGAUCUUCUCCCAGAGAAAGCGAGAGUUUCUACGCUGGGUUGAAGUUUUCUCCAGAUUCACUGCAGAUAUCUGAGAACAGCGAGGAGCAUGAAGUGACGGUCCACAGCACCGUCCCCAUCCCCUGCUUCACCUCCAACCUCGGCCACCACUGUUCUGUCCCUCUGGCUCUUAGUGUCCAUGAUCCAGACAGUCUUGGCCAUGAUGUCUCCAGUGUGGUGCUGUCGGCCUGCCAGGUGGAGAUUAGACCCAAAACCUGCAAGGAAGGCAGCUGUGGCGGGGCAACGUUUUUUGUCACCGCGGUGACCGAUUUCACACGCGAUGGCAAUCGACCAAGCCUGGUCUCUGCCCAGCCUGGACCUGAUGCACCACGACUUUGGAAGAGCUACGUCCCAUCAUCCCUGAAGGUCAUGGUCCAGGAUCUCCCUACUUCCAUCUGUUACUCACUGACUGAUCCGCAUGUCAUUACACUUGAUCGGAGACACUAUGAGAACCACCAGACUGGAACCUUUGUCCUUUACCGAAGCCUUGUGAGGAAGUUUGAGGUCCAUUCUCGACAGUGGGACUGCGGUAGCCGACACUACUCUGUCUCCUGCAGCUGUGGUGUUGCUGUGCAAGAAGAGAAUGAUGUAGCCAUCUUUGACAUGUGCAAUGGCCAGCUUCAAGAAACCAGACCACAGCUUACCCUGAAAACCCUCGGGGAUGAGGGUAGCCGGGUCAGGGUCCAGGAGUCCCAUCAGGGCAAGAAGGUCACCUUGAUCUUUCCAUCCGGGGCCUUUGUUAGGAUGGAUGUGAGUGACUGGGGGAUGAGUCUGUCUGUCAGAGCACCCAGCGUUGAUUAUGGCAAGACUCAAGGCCUCUGUGGGACAUUUGACCGCAAUAGCAACAAUGACUUCCAGGCCACUGAUGGUGGUUUUUAUGGUUCUGAUGACCUGGAUCACUUCAUUGAGGACUGGAGGGUAGCUCCUGGUGAGAGUUUAUUUGACAAAACGCCUCCUGGGAUCAGGAAGAAGGUCCGACGGCCUUUCUGUCAGUGCCACAGGGAAUACAGCCUUUCUGGGAUGGCGGAGCUACACAAUUCUUUGGCUCAAUCUGACUGCAUCACAUAUGAUAAUGUGGAUUACACAUCUGUGUUUCCAUUCAUGGACACAACAGCGGAAUACAUCAAGAGUCCUAAAAGAGAGGAAAGCAUCAUGGAAAUGUCUGUCUUCACUAGUCAUCCUCUGGAAAGAAAGCACCUUUGGAUUGGUGGACAGGAAACUCAAAACGAUGGUGAUUUUGAACUGGCUGGUGAGUUUAGGGAGGAUCUUCUGCUUUCUGUUGACAGACCAAAGCGACAGGUUUCCUUUGAAUUCCGCCCUGUCUUUGCUGCUCAGAGCCUGAGCCAAGAAGAUUUGGAACGUUUUGCCUACUUUUUCCCAGAAGAUCACUUGGCAGAAGCUAGACCAGAAGUACAACCCCACUGGCCCACCCCAAGUGGCCUGACCUCAGCCAAAGCCCUGGAGGUGUGCCAGGUGGCUUUGUCCAACUCCACUGUUGGUGCAGCAUGUCGAGGGCUGCUGGGACGCCGCCUGGAUGAAGCAGUUAACCUUUGCAUGCUGGACCUACAGCUCAAAGAUGACCUGAACUGGGAGGACGCACUGCUGCCAUUUCUGGAGAAUGAGUGUGAAAGACAACUGCUAGAAAACCGGAUCCCAACAACCAUGGAGGCAUCUAGCCCACUAGGUGCUGCUGAGGAAGUGGUCGUGGCACUGCGCUGUCCAAACCUUUGCAAUGGAAAUGGAGAGUGUAGAGAGUGGGGCUGCCAGUGUUACCCAAACUACAGCUUCCAUGACUGCAGCUUGGCUAUUAGCCAACCAAUUGAGAUUACAGAUUUAGAAAACAAUGGUCUGUGUGACAUCCGAACCUUCGACUGCCAUAAAGUCCAUGUCUUUGGUCUUGGCUUCAUUGACACUGCUGAUCUUAGCUGUCUUGCCACCAGGCUGAAGUACGUGAACAACGUUUGGGUUCCAGGAGAGCAACAGCGAACAAAAGCCACGUUCCUCAGCUCUAAGGUUUUGGAAUGUGUUGUUCCAGCACUGAGCAGCACUGUUGUCAAUACAGAAGACUUCAUGAUGGAUGACAAACCUUACACACGAUGGGAGAUCAAGGUAACUAACGAUGGUUCCCAGUACAGCCAGGCAAAGGUGUGGAUGAUUUAUGAUGGUGUUUGCCAGGUUUGCGAGGCAUCACACUCAGGACUCUGUAAGUUAAAGGACGGCUCGUGCAACAUAGAUGGGAUGUGUUUUGCAGCAGGAACAGUUAAUCCCAGCAGUCCUUGCCUUGUCUGUGACCCCGACACCUCCAAAUUCACCUGGUCUGUGAACAAAGUCAACCAGCCGCCAUCUUUCCAUCAACCCCAGACGAGCCUGCGGACGUUCGUCGGGGAGAAAUUUGUCUUCCAGUUUGUGGCGUCAGAUCCGGAAGGGUCAGCGCUCCUGUUUCAGCUGGAGAAGGGUCCAGUGGGGGCUGUGCUCUCCCCUGCUGGUCUUCUCAUCUGGAGAGUCCCACCGCUUCCCAGAGAGGAGGAGGUUCAUCCGGCUAGAUUCUUCUUGCUCUUCACCGUCUCUGAUGAGUGCAAUGCCCGGAGCACAUUCACAGUGGAGGUGGAGGUCAUGCCAUGUAGCUGUCCGAAUGGAGGCACCUGUGUAACGGACAUCAACUUCCCUGCGGGCAGCGGGAGGUACCUGUGUGCUUGCCCCCACGAUCAGAAGGGUGAGCGCUGCCAUGACGACACAGACGAGUGUUUGUCAGCACCGUGCGCAGCAGGAGCGUGCAUCAGCACGGCCUAUGGGUUCAGGUGUGAUUGUCCUGCAGGGCUGAGAGGCUUAACGUGCUUGGAGGACAUCAAUGAGUGUGAGAGGAAACCAUGUUUUCCAGGAGUCCGGUGCUUCAACAGCUUUGGCUCCUACCACUGUGGACCCUGCCCUAAAGGCAUGCUGGGAAAUGGAACGUCUUGCACUGGAGAGACUUUUAGACCUGGUCCCAUCACUCCAACGCCUCUCCAUCAUACAACCACUCUCCAGGUGUCUGACGUUCUGCUGCAAGCCUCCAAAAUUAACAUUUUUCAGAAAACCUCAACUGGAACCUCGUCACAGGUGAAGACCGAGUUGGGCAACAAAACCCAGAGAGCUGAGUCCAUCCCAGGAUUUUACUCCAAUGCAAAACUCCCCGAAACACCGGAAACCAACAUAAAGGUCAAAGCAGAUGCACCAGAGAACAUUCUUCUGUCUGAAAAAGCUGGGAGAGGAAAGCUGAGCUCAUUCAACACACCCAUAAACAUCUCAGAGAGUAAACAAGUCCAACUGGACCCAUCUAAAACCAGGGCUGGAGUCACUUUCAGUUCCAUUACAACAUCUGGAGCCAGCAGAACAUCUGCAGGAUGGGCUCCUUCUCCAGCCCUAAACGUGUCGGCAACGUGUGCCAGCAGGCCCUGCUUCCCAGGGGUGCAGUGCAUCAACCGCAGACCUCCACACGUCGGCUACGUCUGCGGCCGCUGCCCUCCUGGACUUUAUGGGAAUGGUCGAGUCUGCACCAAAACCUCCAAGGAAGCAUCAAAUCUCCUCCCUCAGCAGCAGACGUUUGGCAAACCCAUCCGAUACCAACAAGAAGUUAAGAGCAAAGCCCCCCACCUUCACCUGCCCAGCCUUCCGUCCAGGUACAGCAUCAAUCGCCAGUCCUCGUCAGUUACGAGGCCGGACAGUCCACCUCGUCAGGAUCUCGUAGCAGAGAGAGGAGGCAGGACGGGGAGGAGGGAGGCAGUCACCUCUGCUGCCAGGGUUGUCAAAACAACACUCAGUGAUGUCUCAUCAAAUUCCUACACCACGCAGGAAAAUACCAGUUCCAGAUCAGAUGCCAGGACGUACUCCAGAUCAAGAAUCACGACUGUAAAACAGCCGGUUUUUCAGAAGACUGAAGGAGGUACAACCCUUCAGGUGCUUCCACCUUCUCAGGCUAACAGUAUAAGACCUGAGCAAAGAGUCCAACCACAGAUCAGCCAUUUAACACCCACCCACAUUAAACCAUGGACCCCUCCAAGACCUCUCACCGCCGCCCUCACCGCUCUAUCCUACACUCUGCCUGAAUUAGAGUUCUCCGCUGAUGGAGAUAAUGUUGAAUCCAAAUCAGAGGGUUCUGAUGUGCUUUCAUUAAAGCCAGCACCAACCAUAACAACUCCAGGCAAGCCAAACUACAAUUCCACGCCACACAAGGUUACCUCCAACUUUUCGAAGGUCAGCAGUGGCACAACCACCAACAUACAUGUGACAACUUGCUCCGAUCAUCCAUGUUUUCCUGGCGUCUUGUGUGGGCCAGCUCCAGAUGGGGCAUUCCACUGUGGGAGGUGUCCUGUAGGAUACACCGGAGAUGGACGAACCUGUCGGGCUGUUUGCAGGAACUCCUGUGGCAGAAACAUGGAGUGUGCUGCUCCCAACACGUGCCGCUGCAAACCAGGAUUCACGGGAUCCAGCUGUCAGACUGCAAUCUGUGAUCCAAAGUGCACAAACGGAGGCAUUUGUGUCGCACCGGAUGUGUGUCAAUGUCCCAGAGGUUUCCAUGGAGAUGUUUGUCAGCAAGCUUUGUGCAGGUUAGCGUGUGAAAAUGGAGGCAGCUGUGUGGGGUUGCAGACCUGUUCCUGUCCUUAUGGGUUUGUUGGUCCAAGAUGUGAAACAAUGGUGUGUAGUCGUCACUGCCACAACAGAGGCCAGUGUGUGUCUCCAGACGAGUGUUUGUGCCCACCAGGGUGGACGGGACCAUCUUGUGAGACCGCUCGUUGCUCUCCUGUGUGUCUGAACGGAGGUGUGUGCAUUCGGCCAGACACCUGCGAGUGUCCUCACGGGUUCUACGGCGCUCAGUGUCAGAACGCUGUCUGCAGCCCGCCCUGUAAAAAUGGAGGUGUGUGCAUCAGGAAUAACGUGUGCUCAUGCCUGCAGGGAUACACAGGAAGACGAUGUGAGAAAAGUGUGUGUGAGCCCAGGUGCAUGAAUGGCGGAAGAUGUGUUGGUCCAGAUGUGUGUGACUGUCCAUCUGGCUGGAAAGGAACAAGAUGCAGCAAACCCAGCUGUCUGCAGAAGUGUCUGAAUGGAGGCGAGUGUGUCGGUCCUAACACCUGCCACUGCAAGUCGGGGUGGCAAGGCAUGCUGUGUCAGAUCCCUCACUGUGAACACAAAUGUCUGUAUGGAAGUCGCUGCGUUAGUCCAAACGUCUGUGCCUGCAGGAGCGGAUACUCUGGACCUCUGUGCUCCACCAGGCUCCACAUCCAGCGAGGAUGACGAGUAUCUUCAUCCAGAGGAGAUGGGAUGUUUCACCACAGCAGCUCCAUGACUCUUGACUGAGUGUGUAAAUAGGUUUGUGCUCCUCGCCAGUAACCCAGACUGAGUAUUUAUUUAUUUGGUGUCACGCGUUUCUUGUAUAAAUCUUCAUCUCUGUGUAAUCUGUUGUUUCUUAUUAAAUCUGGAUUAUUUGGUUGUUUUGUAAGAAAAUUAAAGCUCCUCCAGAUGUAAAAUCUGA